GACAUGUUAGUAGGGGAGCGGGCGGCGGCGGUGGUGUGUGCGCGGCAGGACCGAGCGAGACGAGGAGCCCGCGCUUACAGGACUAGUAUGGGCUCUCACUGAGGAGGAAGAAGCCACAGCACGGUGCCCAGCUCCCAAGCCGCCGCGGGGCCGGUGAAAAGGACAGUGACGGAGCUCAGGGCCGGGACAAGAUGGCAGCAGCAACCGCCGCCGCAGCGAGCUGAGCAUGCAGAGGGGCCCCGCUCACUGCCUGACAUGUCCGGCACAGCCCUGCACGCUGCACCUCCUCCUGCUCUAUGAAGGUAUGGCCUCACAAGUCUUGGUGUACCCACCAUACGUUUAUCAAACUCAGUCAAGUGCCUUUUGUAGUGUGAAGAAACUGAAAAUAGAACCAAGUAGUUGUGUGUACAGCAAGAGGAGCUACCCCCGCACCGACCUGAAUGCUAGACACGUUGGAUUUGCACAUCCAUCCAACAAGAGUAGGGCUUCUUUCCAGACAAAGAAUCCAAUUAACAAACCUCGCCAGCAGACCGCUGCAUCCCAGACCAGUGCAGUUGCAUCAAAACCCAACACAGGUGCUCCCGGGGACCCAGCAGCGCAGGCGCAGCCAGAUCCGACAGAGGCACCCACAGUAGAGACACCGGAUUGUGCAUCAGAUUUGCUGGAAACGCAUCAGCGAUGUGGAUUGAAGCGUAAGAGCGAAGAGCUGGAAAACCAAGUCAGCACCAUGCAGAUCGUCGAUGAAUUGUCUGUACUGCCUGCCAUGCUGCCCGGCAACGCAGCGAACCCAGUAACUGUUGUGGCGACCACGGGUGCUUCAAAGCAGAACGGGGCUGGCGUGGACGGUGACUAUCAGUUGGUGCAGCAUGAAGUGUUGUGCUCGAAUAAAAAUACUUAUGAAGUACUGGAUUUUUUGGGUCGGGGAACCUUUGGACAGGUGGUGAAGUGCUGGAAAAGGGGGACAAAUGAGGUGGUGGCGGUGAAGAUCCUUAAAAACCAUCCUUCGUACGCACGCCAAGGGCAGAUUGAGGUGGGCAUCCUUGCCAGGCUGAGCAACGAGAACGCCGACGAGUUUAACUUUGUGCGUGCAUAUGAGUGCUUUCAGCAUCGGAACCACACCUGCUUGGUUUUUGAAAUGUUGGAACAGAAUUUAUAUGACUUUUUAAAGCAAAAUAAAUUUAGCCCAUUACCCCUGAAAGUUAUCCGGGCCAUCCUCCAGCAGGUGGCCACUGCACUGAAAAAGCUCAAGAGUCUUGGUUUAAUUCAUGCUGACCUCAAACCGGAGAACAUCAUGCUGGUGGAUCCUGUACGGCAACCCUACAGGGUGAAAGUCAUAGACUUCGGCUCUGCUAGCCAUAUAUCAAAGACUGUUUGCUCAACGUAUUUGCAGUCUCGUUACUACAGAGCUCCUGAGAUUAUUUUGGGGUUACCGUUCUGUGAAGCCAUAGACAUGUGGUCGCUGGGCUGCGUGAUUGCGGAGCUGUUCCUAGGAUGGCCUCUGUACCCAGGAGCGCUGGAGUAUGACCAGAUCCGAUUCAUUUCUCAAACUCAAGGGUUUCCUGGAGAACAUCUGUUAAACGUGGGUACAAAGACAUCCAGAUUCUUCUGCCGCGACCCUGAAUCCCAAUACCCCAGUUGGAGGUUAAAAACUUUGGAGGAGCACGAAGCUGAAACAGGAAUGAAGUCUAAGGAAGCCAGGAAGUAUAUUUUCAACAGUUUGGAUGAUAUAGUGCAUGUGAACAUGGUGAUGGAUCUGGAUGGUAGUGACUUAGUGGCGGAGAAAGCAGAUAGGAGAGAAUUUGUGGGCCUGUUGAGGAAGAUGUUGAUGAUCGAUGCCGAUGCGAGGAUCAGUCCGGCUGACACCCUGAGCCACUCCUUUGUUACCAUGAAGCACCUCCUCGAUUUUCCCCACAGCAACCAUGUGAAGUCCUGUUUCCAUAUCAUGGAUGUUUGCAAGUUUCGUCCCAACCCAUGCAACGCAGCGAACCGCAAUAAAACAUCAGUCAUGAGGCCGGUUGCCUCAGGCAAUGCUGCUAACCUCUCCGCUGGGUUCACCAAAAUUGGCAAUGUCAGGAGUCAGGCUUUAACAACUUCUGGGCAUACAGUUAUACACCAUGCGAUCCCAGUGCAGGCAGGAACUGCUCCUUUUGGUUGUAAUGAUGCUUUUCAACAGACCCUGAUACUUUGUCCCCCAACCCUACAAGGAAUCCCACCAAAUCAUGGCAAGCCCACAAGUUACUCUGUGAGAGUAGAUAACGCUUUACCCCUAGUUAGCCAGGCUCCGGCCAUUCAGCCCCUACAGAUACGACCAGGUGUCCUCUCACAGCACACAUGGUCAAAUGGAACACAACCAAUACUGGUUCCCGCCUGGCAGCAGGUGACAACUGUGACGCCAACAACAACAACCUUUGCCUCCGAUACCAUGGCUGGACCACAGAGGCUGGGAGACUGGGGGAAAAUUAUUCAGCAUGGAAACCAUUACAGUUCCAUGAUUCUUCAGCCUCUCCUAACCAACCAAAUGGCGCUGUCAGCCCCUCAGCCUAUCAGUUUAGGCAUCGCACAUGUGGUGUGGCCUCAGCCUGCUGCUACUAAACGAAAUAAGAUCUGUCAAAACAGGAGUAACACAAUACAGGACUCCAGUGUCCACAGUAAAGCACUUACCUCUCCAAAGAUAUCAAACAGCGCAAAGACCACAGAGUCUGAAAGUUGUGCAUUACCACAGGACAAUCAGAACCUGGAGGCGCAGGAGGAAGGAUCUUGUAAGGUGUCUGAGGAGCCGGCCCCAGAUGUGUCAAGUCAGCAGAGGCAAGAGAUUGUCAUAGCGGAUUCCCCAAGCCCCACAGCCAGUGUCAUUACGAUUAGCAGCGACACGGAUGAGGAGGAUUCAGCACAGACUCACUCACUGAGAGAAUGUAAAGGCAGCCUGGAUUGUGAGGCAUGUCAGAGUACUCUGAAUAUUGAUCGGGUCUGUUCCUUGAGUAGUCCAGACAGCACCCUAAGCACCAGCUCCUCAGGGCAAUCCAGCCCCUCUCCCUGCAAAAGACCCAACAGCAUGUCAGAUGAUGAGCCUGAGAGUGGCUGUGACACUGUGGAUGGAUCCCCAAGCUCUGAUUCAUCUGGUCAUGACAGCCCAUUUGUCAAGAGCAGCUUUGUGACGGAUACCAACCAGAAUGCAGAAAAACGGACAUCAGAGAAAACUGAAAGUAAACCAGCAGUGUGCACGUUAGUGGUCCCACCUAUCCGGAUUGAAAACCGCAAAUUCAAUUCCCAUCGGGCUACCAACAAGGAUCCGGCCUGCCAUCCCGUAAUAAAAGGACGUUCAGCUCCAGGUAGAAAAAACCAUCCUGCAGGCCUUGGGAAUCGCCAGCAGAAACUUACAUCAGCAUUCCAACAGCAGCCUCUGAGUUACAGUCAAAUGCAACAUUUUGGAACGGGACACCAAGAAUGGAAUGGAAACUAUGGGCACAGGAGACAGCAGGCGUUUAUCGCACCAACUGUUGCCAGUCAUCAUUUCACCCUUCAACAUGGAAGCCCAAAUCACAGUGCCGUGCAUGCGCAUCUUGGCGGUCAGCCCGCCAUCCUUUCAUAUCCACCCUCCGCUCCGGUGACCACAGUAGCACCCGUGGCCCACCUCCUCGCGUCGCCGUGUACCUCAAGGCCGAUUUUACAACACCCGGCUUACAAUCUCUCUCAUCCCAGCGGCAUCGUUCAUCAGGUGGCAGUGGGUAUCAACCCCAGGCUUUUACCUUCUCCCACCAUCCACCAGACUCAAUACAAACCGAUUUUCCCAUCCCACUCAUACAUUGCUGCCUCCCCGGCCUAUACAGGAUUUCCGAUGAGCCCCACGAAACUCAACCAGUAUCCGUACAUGUGAGAAAACCGCAAAGGAAGCUCAAAGAUUCAAUCACUUGGGUUUGAAGCGGAACGAAAACAAAACAUUUAAAAAACAAACAACCAACAAACAUGGCUUUUUGAUAAUGGAAAGAAAAAUUAAAAUCAAAAAUAAUUUGGCCAUGGCACAAGAAGAAAUAUUUUUUGAAUCAUGUAAGACUUGGGUGCAAUUUAAAACAAUCUUGAGCUUUAAGAAAAAAAAAUUGAAAAAGAUAAAAUUUCACUUUUAAUGUGUUUUUUUGCACAUUUGGUAUAAAAUCGUCUCUGGUCCUGUUCUCUUCUAUAUUAACUCUAAGACAGGUGACUUACGGGAGCCAGAAGUUCACUUUCUCUCCUGCUAUUUUUUUAUACAAUUGCCUUCUAACCUAGUGCAAGACACGUCUUUGGGAAGCCAUUCAGCAUACAGGUUUAGCGCAACAAAUGCACAUAAUGUCAGUAGUACGGUGUACGUCGUGUGCGUCGUUUCCGUUCUCGUAUGUCUUGGUGUUUGUGUCGGGUCACAUGGCUACUGAGUUUGAUGUUCACACUGCAUGUGUCUUUUGCAUGGGCAGAAGAAGAAAAAGAAAAAAAAAAAAAGUUGCCUAGACCUUGCUAUUUCGUGUCGUCGUCCUAAUAAUCCGCUGCAUUGUAAACUGUUCCCACACAUAGUGCCUUAAAUAUUUGAGGUUGUUAAUGUUAUUACUUAAUAUAUUAAUGUCAAUUUCAGCACUUAAUCUUCUAAUCUGCUGAUAUAUAAAUAUCUAUUUUUUCGAAUAACUUGAGUAUUUGAUCAGUCUAGGGGUUUGUUCAUUUUGUUUGACCGUGUGCUAUGAUUUUUAGGUUGAGGUGUUUGACUUACCAACAGAACAGCAUGUAUUUUUUUCCUUUUUUUUUUUUUUUUUUAAAAUCUGUGUUGCUGUAGAUUUUAAUGUGUUUAUUUUAAUAUUUUAUUUUUUUUGUGGGUGGGGGUGGCGUAGGUAUUUAGCGAGCGUUGCGUAACCUGAAGCGCUUUUUGAAGAUUACACUUUUGGUUUCUUAGAUUUAAACGCUGACUGCACAUGUACUCCCCUCCCGGUAAUCACACCGUCGACGGAAACUGCAAUAUUGUCUACAAAGUGGAUUCUUCACUUUUUGUCGUCACGGCGUUUGUCCAACGGGCUGGAUUUUUUUCGUAGUCUCUAUUUAGCAGUGUAGUAAGGCAUGUGGUCAGGUUUAUGGGAAGAUAACCUUUUUUUUUUUUUUUUUUUUUUUUACCUUUUUCGGUCUCUGCUGAAGCUGCAGCAUCUUGCUGGGCAAUGUCUUGCAGGCGCUUUCAGCACUGAAGGAGGUUAACACUACAGCACGUGACCCCCGUUGGACAGCCCGCACAGUAUUCAAAUAUAGCGUAUCAAGAAAUAUUUACUCUAGAGGUUUUGAUGAGAUGAGGUUUUUAUUUAUUUUUUUGCUCCUUCGCGUGUGCAAUUUUAGCUUUCCUUUUUAUGCAUGUUGUUUUUUUUUCAAGUCUCAUUUACAUUAUGUUUUAUUAGUAUUAUUAUUCUUUUUUUUUUUUUCCUGAGUGGUGACUGCUUAUUUAAUACAUUCCGUCAGGGACAUGAAAUGAUGUGCGUAUUUUUCAACGAUUUUUUUUUAUUUUUACCAGUUUCUGCAUCGUCCAUAUCAAGUUAAUUUAUCCAGCACCAAAGACUUUGAAAAAACUAAAUCAUCCAUUUCUUAAAAUUAAAUGUUAAAAAAAGAGAAAAAAAGAUAUAUAUAUAUAAAAUAAAUGGUAGCUACAUUUUUUAUUUUUUUUUGCAUAGACCUAAAUUAUACUGUAGUAUAGUGGUGGGCUUUAAGAAAAAAAAUGGUAUUAAGACUAAUGUUUUUAGCUUCGAGCAAGUAAUAAUUCUAUCAUUUAUCUUGAAUGUAUCAUAGAUAAGCUGCUAUAUAUAACAGACGCCACUUUUGAUAGCUGUGAACUUUAGCUUCAUAUCCCGUUUAUACAUAGUCGCCUUACUUCUGUUUUUGAGUCUAAUUCUAUAUGAAAGUGUAGUGGGGUUUUCUGAUGAUUAUUAUUAUUAUUUUGUAUUUCAAUUUACUUUCAUGUUUGGCGUGUCCUUUGUAACUACUGUAUUGUAAAUUAUGGAAUCCUAAUUGCAUAUGUUAUUAUUAUUAUUUUUAAUUUUUUUUGGAGGGGAGGGUGUUUUAUGCAUCAGUAUUUUAUCUCCAUAAAUUUUAAGCUCAUUACUGCAUAUAAAGUGGGGUGUAUUAAUGUAAGUUAAUUUUAUUUUUUAUGUUUUCAUAUUGCUGUUGUGUAUACUUUUAAAGAAGAAGAAAAAAAAUGACGUACCUUGCAGGCUUGAUUUAACUUUUUAUAAUCGAUUUUAUUUAAUUUUUAUUUGUUCUUUAAAUCUGUAUCUAUAGAAAGAUAAUUAGCCAGUGACUGGAAUUGUGAUAUGUUGCAGGCCGGAAGGCAGUUUGGAUCUUUUCUAGCCUUUUAUGUCGUGUAACCCAUUAAUAACACCACUAUAUGUAUACGGCACUUGUCCUGACUUGUCCGUAAGCUAUCAUCGAUCGCUCUCGACUCCGUUAACCCUUUCAGGUCUCCGCCAGUCCUGGGUGGUGUUAACACAAAGCAGUGUUUUAUUUAAUGAAUGUUUCAGCAAAAAGAAAUGUGCCUAUAAGAAAAUUUUAUAAAAUAGCGAAAAUUUCAUAAAAAUACAGCAGUGUUAAUAAGAAAAUUCCGAAAAAAACGGGGUGAAGAACCAGUUUUACCUUUUUGUACUGGACGUGUUUCCCUGAAAAAAGAGAAGACUCACUAUGCAUAAUGGACUUCACUGUUGGAUCCGGUUAUUUUUGGUACAGUUAUCGCACCCUUGUCUGUAUUUCGACCUUACAGAUGUUGCAAGUAUUGUGCAUGCGUUAAGAGAGCCUCUCAGUGCUGCAAUCAUGUCCAUUUAGUACUCGCUUGAAAUAUAAAUUAUAGAGUGCUUGCCCUUUAAACUAUGCAUUGUGCUGAUGCUCUGUUAUUCCCCCUGGAAGUGUAUGAAUUGACAGCUGGGUGUUACCAUUCUGCUUAGGAUGUGUUCCUGCAGUCUGACUACGUUCAUUUAGUUGACGGUGUUAAGGCUCAUGCACACAACCGUACAAGGAUAGGACAUGUUCUAUUAUUUAUUUUUUUUUGCAGCCCCACAGAAGGGAGCAACAGAUACAGACUGCACACAGAGUGCUGUCCUUAUCUUUUGCGGCCCCAUUGAAGUAAACGGGUCCGCAUCCGAGCUGCCAAAAACACGGCUUGGAUGCGGAACCCAACAACGUUCGUGUGCAUGAGCCCUUAGACCACGUAGGGACACGCCCUCUAUACAAAGGAGAGGUUGUGUGGGAUUUUCAAAACUUUGUCUAAGAGCAGGACAUGUGGUGGGGGAAAAAAAUUAAAAAACAUGCAAUCCCCUGUCGUUCCAUGAUGUGACACCAUACAUGCACAUGGACCACUGCAGCCAAUCGCCAGCCUCAGUAGUGAUGCUUGUAUGUACGGCAAGGGAGCACUGAUUGGCUGUGGCGGUCAUGUGCAUGUAUGACAUGCUCUGACUGGAUGAAGGUUAGCGGAAGUCCUCCGGAGCAGCAGACUAGAUGGAACCCCUUUAAGAUGAUACAAUUCCCUUUAUUAGUAGGGCACUGUCAGCUGAUUGGGCAGUAUCGGACUUUGUAGGGGAAUAUCGUAGUGGAGUGUGAACAUAAUUUCCAGAAGGAGUAACAGAGGAGUGAUACAAUGCAGAGUUCUUUAAGGAGAGUACAUGUACUUACUAAAUGGACAUGUCAGGAGAGGUGACAUUUCUCAUGAUCGGCAUAGCUCUCUCUAGGUUGUCACUCCCAAUAUCCUUUUAGGUUCAUGCGUAAUUUUAUGUAAAGGGCUCCAGUCCUGAACUAUUCGCCAUAGAUGAGCUAAUCACACAGAUACUUGUGUAAAUCUUGGGAUGUUCUUGGUCAAUGCCUCAUUAGUUCUUGGGAUAUCCUUAUUGUUUUGCUGACUAACCUCAUUGAGCGUUUGAUCUAUGGGAUAGUGUCCUCCAGUGGGAGUAGUCCCUUUGCCGAUACUGGGAAAUUGAGUUGGAGGUGUUGUGUUAGUGGUUCAUGUUGCAAGCCCCUUGGUUCCCCUGCGAAUAGGUGGUUUUGUUGGUGCCCUUCAAGAUGAAGUGUUCUCACUGGGGGAACCUCUCAAGAAGUGCUGGAGACUUACAUAGCGUCCAUUCUGCAGCAGCCAAGUUUACAUGCCCGACUGCUACAUGCGUCUGAAACCGUGUCAGUGGUCCGUACGACUUUGAAGCUGGGUGGACAGGGUCUUGGUUGCCUGCCACAACUGAAGCACAUGGAUUUGGCUAAUAGAGGACAUCUGCUAUGACCUCCAUGUAUUGCCCAGUAUGGACAUAUCCAUCAUGCAGCUUUACAGAAGGAAGAGUAGAGGAAUUUGGCUCAGGACAGAUGCACAUAAUGUGUACUUUGUCAUGCGAUAUGACAAUAUUUGUCACAUCUGUAGUAUAAGAAAUACCCCCAGAAUAGUUGAUGGGUGGGGGGGGGGGUUUGGGUUUACCAGUUCAGUUGAUUCACCUGGCACAAACAGUGGACCCCUAAUUGCUGUAAUUUGGUAGCCAUGAUACGUAAGGUUGUGCCGUUAUUGGCAGUCUGUUGCGUUUGGUCAUCUGACCGUUGACAACCAAGAUUGGUCAUGACAAGUUUACCUGGACUCCACAAAGUGUUUUCACGCAGGUUUUGAAGGAGCUUGUGGAAGGGCCUGGUUUGCAGCGUCCCAUUGUCAGGCCCGUUAGGAGGUUUGAUGAGGCUUUCGCAGCCCCGUAAAGUGACUGAGCCCACACAUUGGGAAGCAAAUAGGACCGCAGCAUCUCGCCAUGCUUCGUGAGAAUCUGACGGAUGACGUUGGGUGUUACGGUUGUCGGUGCCAUCUCUACUCUUGGCGCAUUUAGGGAUUCUGAUAUCGUAUGAAUUGUUGUAAAUGUGUUGAUGUCGGAAGGGAUCCGACCUAACGCUGCGUGUGAUAAAGAGGAACAGUCAUGAAAAACUGAAUUAAAGGGACACUAAACCUAAAGUCUAUCCCAUCGCCGUUUCUGGCUGGAGAGAUCCAUGUACAUGCAGCUAUUUGAAUCAUAAGCUUUGUGUGUUUAGCGUCCCUUUAAGACUUGCUGUGUUGCGCCCCCUGGCUGUAGCCGUGUGCUGUACGAAACUGCUGUGCUUCUAUUUAUGUUAACGGGCUUCACCCGCUGAGCUAAUGUAACCCGACUAAAAUGUAUAUAUGUAUUAUGUGUAUAAUUUGUAUAGCUCUGAUCGUGUACACGGCACUUUACAUGUUUAACGCAAAGCAGUUACAGCUUCGAUUCUAAGUCAUUAACAAAAGCUGAGCCAAGAUACAGCACGUACUCUGUACCUCUUCAUGGCUGCCUCCUCCUUGUGCACGGCUUAGGUCAGGGAAGCCGCGAGGUCCCAAUGAUCGGGGUGUCAUGUUGUACCUGCUCUUUCAGCCUGUUCAUCCAUGUUAAUAACGACUUGGCAGAAACUUGAUUUGCUGUUAAAAGCUCUGUGGGAAUCAACAGGUGGUGCCUGAGCAACGCUGAUCUGUGUUGGUGCAUGUGUCUGGGGCAGCACGACAGGCCUAUAGGAAUCUUGCAUUCCUUCUUGGACUGCCAAGGAUUCUAUGUCCUCUUCAAGGUCCUUUGUUAAAGGGGUCGUGCUGUUUCAGGAGGAAAUCUGACAUGCGAUACACCUGAAGUGAAGAAUAGAUCGUUACUUACCCAACAGAUCUUGCACAGGUGCUUUGGCAGAGCUCUGUUUAACCGUCUGCAGCAGUGAUGUCACCUCAACCACAUGUGACCGCCACAGCCAAUCACUAACCACUUUGGAGUACUGCCGAGGCAAGUGAUUGGCUGCAGCGGUCACAUGAUUUGGACUCUUGCAGCCGGGGUAAACAGAGCCCUGCCAGGAGAACCAGAACAGGGUAGGUGUCAGGCAAGCAAUGAUCUAUUCUGUGCUGCAGGUGGAUCACAUAUGGUGUUCUGUUUCCUCCUAAAACUGGACAAGCCCUUUAAAGAGAAGACCUUAGUUUCCUUGAUAAGAAUCUUUCUUUUUGGCUGGAGCGUGCACCUGGCAUCAA